CAAACAUUCAUCCGAAGUUUCAAUUUCCAUCUUUCACUGACGUUGUUCCAUUGCCUAGUUUGGGUUCGAUUACAUGACCUAAAAAAUGACAACGAUUCUCAAGAAACAGACCGCAUCCCACUUAGACUACGGACCAGAUUCGAACACUUUGGCCAAGUCUGGUUUGGUGAAAAUGGAAUACUUCUCUUGGGUUUGGAUAACAAGGGAUACCUUAGAUUUCGUGACCAAUGUUGGCUGGCCUUUACCCUCUCUAAGUUUUCUUUUAAAUGGUGAAACGGGGGAAUUCAUUUGCAGGGUCUUGAAUCAAACUUACCGUACCGGUCGAUUUCACAAUGAGCAAGACAUGCUUCAUGAAUGCAUCAACUUCUUUCAUAUGAACUUCCCUUGCUUGGGAAUUGAUUACCAAGAGUCCGAUGAUUUUCCCUAUCAACUCAAAUUUUCACCAACCUGCUUGAAAAUUGUGCAUCUGACCGAAGUACCAGACAUUUUGGAAGGAUUGAUGUGCUCCAAUUGCCAAGAGUGGAGCAAUAAAACAUCGGAUGAGUUUCCAUCUGACCCUAAGGUCACUGACAGCCAACCAUUUGAUGAUGAGCUUUUGCAAACAAGUAUUUUAAGUGCGGCCAAGAAUCUUUUCACGACUUCUAAAGGGGAGGAUAACGAUUCAGAUGGUUGUGACAUAACUUUAUCAAUAACCAAAGACGAUGGAGACUCCCAUGUCUUACUUGAAACGCAAAAUCCCACGGAAAACGUGUCCACAAACGGCAAUGAAGAAAUCGAGGUCUUUCAUGAGCUUAGGAAAACAUCCCGGAAGCGUCGAUUACCUCGAUCUUUCAAGGAUUACGCCUUGAGCACGACAAUGACACAAGGCACUCUCCAGGUCUUCGAUGCUGAUUCCCAAGAUAGGCAAAGGCCGAAAAUUGGUCAACGUGAUCGUGUGUUAGAGAGCUUUGUUGUGGAAUGGAAAGGCCAGGAUCAAGUAUUGCAUCUACGGCAUGACAAAGAACAAGAUUGGACUUGUCCAUUCUGUUCCAAAACUCUUACACCGAAACAAGGGGUGCGUGGGCAUUUGCGAGGUCAUUUUAUGAUCUAUGUUCAAUGUGGAAUAUGCCAAGUGCCUCAUUAUUGUCCUCUAAAGCUUUGGGAUCAUUAUCAACAACAACAUCAAUUGGAGGAGGAAUGGAAAGUGAAAUGCAGUGGUUGUUACGAAGUCCACGAUAUCAAACCUUCGAGAAGCACUUUCCGAAGCCAUCUACUAACAUGUAAACGGAAAUCGAAUCAAACAAAGAGCUCCAAGCCCAAAAAGCCUUGGACCAGAAGCCCCAAAGUGUGCGAUAUUUGUGGACUGACUCUUCAAACCGAUUAUCAUUUGAGGUCCCACAAGAGCCGGGUUCAUGAGAACAAGGUGAUCAUCUGGCAGUGUCACAUUUGUGACCUUGAAAUGAAUGAUAACAAAAAGUACUCCCAUUUGAGAAAGAUUCAUUUGCACUCUCGGUUCAGUUGCACAAUUUGCAAUUUACGUCUUCGGACAGGCAGAUCAUUUCUCGAUCACGUUCUGGAGAAUCAUCGUGGAGAGCUGGAAAGUUUUAAGUGCCCCGAGUGCAAAGACGAUAUCCCCAUUGAAUCUGAAGAGGGCCCAAACUUUGCCGAUCAUCACGAGGACUGCCUUCGACAACAUAUCAAAAGGUUGAAAGACGGUGUCAAACAAAGAACCUCAUCCAAACCGCUAAAAUUCCCAUGCCCAAUUUGUGCCAAAAGGUUUCCUACCCAAUGGCUUUUAAACACCCAUAUCAGAGGUCACAAGGACAGUGGGCAUUUCUGUAGUCAAUGUCGCUAUCGGACUCAUUCUGCACUUCACUUGAGGGCCCACGUGGCCAGAGUUCACGGCGAAAGUGAAAAUGGAAUCAAAUGCGAGUUCUGCGAGGACAGGUUCCAGACCCAAGACUCCAUACAAGAGCACUUGAGUCGUAUGCAUGGCAUUGAAUCGGAAUACCAAUGCCAACUUUGUCCCCUGAAAACGGCGGACAAGAUCCAAAUGCGCAAACAUAUGAAACAAUGCCAUCCCAACUAUGGGCCUGAGCUCAAGUGCGAUGAAUGCCACUUGGUCUUCCAAGAUCAGUCAUCUUUGGAUAGGCAUGUCUUUGCGACUCAUCCGAGUAGGACUAUCCGUUUCCAAUGUAAUCAUUGUCACCAUAUGUUCACGAAGAAAGAAGAUUUGUUCCUCCAUAUGUCUGAUAUCCAUGGAUUGCGUCCGCCCAUGGACGAGCUGGAUCAAUCACACAUUCAAAGGCUUCAACCCGGGAUCGUAGAUCUCACUGAGCCGCACACAGAAAUGGCCACAUUUUCGACAGCUGUUGAUCCUGGUUUGUUGUUUCCUGUGGACAAUCAGGCGGCGAAUAUGGCAAAUCCAGAAUCUAUGUUGCUUACGUUGAAUGGGUCCCAAAUUCAUUUCUCCUGAGCAAUGAGUGAAUAAUGAUUGGUGCAAUCGAAGAAAAGAAUGACAUGAGCAGGGAAUGAGAACCAACUUGAUAAACGGGUUAUCAACUUAUCAUAUUUUGAACACUUUUAAACGCGUCUUUUAGGCCUUGUUUUUGUUACAUUUUGGGGUGUUUAAAUACCCGGUUCAAGCUGAUGUUUGGUUAAAUAAAAAUUCAGCCAUUA